AGUCCAUCGAAUUUUUCCUCGCGAUUUUCGGAAAUUGUGCAAUUUUCAGCGCAUUGGCACGGCCAAAAGUAAGAUCCACCGGUGUUGGAAGUGAUUCGCGAUCGUAACGUACUCGAGUGCAGUGGCAGUGUUCGGUUCCGGGGGAAAUUUCUGUGAAAAACAGUGAAAAGUUUGUCCUUCAAGGAGUUUUCCACCACUUUUUUUCUCGCCUGGCUUUGAGAAAGGCACUCGUGGGUGUGCGUGCGGAGCUGGACGCUCGUGGUGUCGGAAUGCGUGUGUGUAUGUGAUUAGCGUCGAACUAGUCUAACAGUGUGGUUCCGAUAAAUAAAAUUUGUUUACAAUUUGUGCGGGUGUGUUGGUGACGGUGCGGUGUUUGUGGCUUGACAGCCGAUCGGCUGUAGACGAAAAGCUUCGUUAAAAGACGAAGCAGCUGACAACAAACGUUCGUGUCUGGAUUCGUGCGGGGAUCGGUUCGUAUUCGGGUCGGAGUCGUGACAUCGUGUCCCGUUCGGUCGCUUUUCGUUCGAUUUCGCGUUCGUUCGUCGCAAAUGGCCCGUGCAAAAGUCUACAAACAGCAAGACAAGUGAUUUAAACGGCGUUGUUUACGCGUGUGUGUUUAUGUCGCGUCUUUUGCGUGAUAGUAUUGUUGCUUUUUUUUCGGUUUGUGGUGGCGGAUCUGCUGCGGUUAAGGUUUUUUCUUCGUUUUCUCUUCUGUGCACGAUAUUUUCAUCACGCGCGCAUUCAUCUGCCAGAGGGAACAACUAAGUCGAAGGGAAAAAACGUUCAUACAGAAGCUGAAAAUACAUCUCAAUCGCCGUCAAGAAGCGAGAAAGCCAUCAGAAAGUGUAGACACAGGCAGCAAUAAAUACAAACGCUCGUGGAAAAGCGACGUUUUUCCGAUUGUGUGACUGCGAUUGUAUCUUUCUCGCCUGGAAGCAGUACAGAGUCAAGGACGGUUGAGGUGUCAUCCAUCGGGAUUCCAGUUGAAUACCCUCGAGCGAAAAUUAUGGAUUAUGACAAGUUGUCGUUCAUAGUUUAGAAAUAACGCAUGAAGACGAAGAAACAAUUGGCAGCGGCCGCUGCAGCGGCAGCAGCAGCCGCUGAAAAUAAAGCCGCAUCCGUCGAAAGUUCUCACAUCACUGUUCCUACAACCAUCACUGCGACAUCAGUUGUCACCAAGAAAGUACUGAAACGUCUUCAGCCUAAAACCAAAGAAGUAUCACCUAAAUCAAAUGACCAACAGCAAUCAAAUCCAUCAAUUGGCCCUGCCAGUGAAUCGCCGACCAGACAACCGAAAUCAUCGGCAGCAAAAACUAAAUCUCCAAUACGCACAAAGCAAGAUUCAGUGGCACCUAAUUCUGUUGUUGCCAAGAAUGUCAAAAAUACAUCUACAAGCUCUGUCAACGCUCCUUCGGGAUCCAAAGUGAAGAAAUCACAACCCGCAACUGGAGCGAAAAAACCCAACACAGAGAGGAAGAAGAUGCAAAAAGAAUUGAAUAAUUUGGGUAUUACCGAUAGGGCCAUCACUCAAAUCGACACAGCCGCAGUCAAUCGUCCGUGCAACCCGUCAAUCAGUGAGAUGGUUAAAACCAAGUCGCGUGCCACCGUCAGUCAGCAAAAAAUUACCGACUUUGGCGCCCUGGGUGGUCCCUCGGUUUCCCAGAAAAUUGCUACCGCUGCGACUAAUGUCUCGGCGACGGAGGUUCCUAAGCCUUCAGAACAGGUUGGGGUGACCACUCCCACUAAGAAGAAGCCAGCCACCAAAACAAAGGACACCAAACAAGAGGAUGGUGCGAAAAACAAAACCCCAGUCACGGUUCAGUCGAUAAUGCCCAGUAUACAACCUUCUUCCCAACCUUUGCUCCAGUCCGGUGAUGCUAAGGAAGAUGUUAAAACGCCGCCGAUCGGAACGAAACAAUCGGAUGGCAAAAAUAAGGCGAAAAAGCAACCCGAAAAUAAAGAUGAUAAUAAUGCCGCCGCCGCCUCCAAUGUUGAGCAGCAACCUCAAAAGACGGGUAAAAAGAAUUCAUCAGUCGCUCCCAAGCCGAGAGCUAAAUCCAAGAAAGCGAUCCUUCAAGAGAAAAGGGCAGCGGAAUUGAAAGCUGCUGAAGAGAAGGCGGCGGAAAUUGCGGCUGCUGCCGCAGCUAAGCAAGAAGCCGAAGAUAAACUAAGGCUUGAAGAAGAUCAAACUUGUUCCCUCGAGCUAGUAGAAUCCGACGAUAAGAACGAUGAGGAGGAAGUCCAAAGCCGCAUUGAAGAUAUCAUGAAAUCGCUAGAAGAUGACGACGACGAAGAUGUGGGGAUGGGGCCGCUCAUGGUUAAGCCUAAUCUGGAGGAGAAAGAACCUGAGAAACAACCAUUAAAAGGCAUCAAAAGCAAAACUGAUUCGCAAAAAUUGAAGAAAACAUUGCUUAACAAGGCCAAUGAAGAUAAAAUAGAACUAUCUGGAUUGUCAGUGAAAGCUUCAAUAUAUCAAAGCACACCUAAGACUAUUACAAAACGGAAAAGUACUAAGCCAAGAAAGCCUUCUGCAAAGAAAAAACCUGAAACGAAACGUGAAUCUGAAUCUCAGAAAAUUAUUCCGGAUUCUAUAAGUCCUGAAAAAUACUCAAUCCCAAUUAUCAAUAAACAGCCGAAUACAGCAGACCAGUGUUCAAGUUCCUCGGCUAACGAAUCAACUCAAAGCACAGUCGAAACGAAAAAUGUCGAAAAAUCUAAAUCCCCUGAACCAACCAAAACCAUUCGUUCCUCUACGGAGAAUGAUGAUGAUGUUCCCCUAAACAAACUCAAAGACCAACCAGGAAAACCGGAAUCAUUUGCAAUUCCUCAAACACCUCCCUCUGUCGAACCCAGUCUCAGCACACCCGCAACUCCACAGUCAAACGAACAGUCAACCGAACCUCCGGCUAAGUCCAAGCGAAAAUAUGUCCGCAAAACUCCAACUAAUAGCAAAAGGAAGCUUACGAAAGCAGCGAGUGUCGCCUCGGCAAAAGAUGCGAAAGAUAAGCUACCCACGGAGAAAAAGGAUGUGUACGACUUUGACGAAUCGGAAAGUGACACCGAUGGUCCAGUGAAACCAGAGAAACCCGUCUUCAAACGAAAACAGGUUCACGCCAGUUGCGCUAAGGAAGACGAACUGGAGGAUGAGCCAGACAAGGAUAAAACUACAUUUGAAAAAGAUAGCAUACCCGAUGUCGUUGAGAUGAAGAAGUUGGAGUGUGAAAACGAAUCUGAAAAGGGCGAAACAUGUGCAAAGAAUGAGGAAUUGUCCAAAGUUAAAGUGGUAGGUAAACCAAAGGCACAAUUCAUGGUAAGCGAUUCCGAUUCGGAGCAAAGUGAGGAAGACAAACCCCUCAGAAAACCGAGCAAACCAACCCCAAAGCCAAAAGUAACGAAACCACCACCCAGAGAGUCUAUCACCGAUUCCGAAGCGGAGGAAUCCGAAGAUGACGACAAAGAGCGUGAUCCGGACGAACGACCCGAGACUCCCGUGAGUAGAAAAAUCAAACAAGAGGUUCGCGACUCAUCGGACGAAGAUUCGGACGGGUACAGUUCGGAGGAAUCGGUACGGACCCGCAUCGUCAAAAAGCAGCUCACUGCCAAGACGCGGCACCUGAAGCUGUACGGGUUCUGGUCCGGACCGAAGCGGCACCGGGUGGCGUCGUUGAAUGCAAUCGCCAAGGUCCAUUGUCUGUAUGAGAACGAAACGCGGGCUGCGUUGGAGGCGAGCCUGAUGAAACAGGUGCCACCGAGGGCACCCAGGGCCAAGGAGGUGAAGAAGGAGAAGGUCGAAAAGGAUGAGAGUAAGGGUGCUGUGAAGGAGGAAGAUAAAAAGAGUGAGGUUCAGAAUGCGAAAAAGACACCCGUGGAAGCGGAGAAGGAUAAGCAGGACGAGAAGAAGUGCAAGGAAGAGGAGAAGAAGCAAAAGGAAGAGGAGAAGAAGAAAGUAGUGAAAGUUGUUUCGGUGAAGGAAGAGAAGAAAAAAGUGGCGAAGAAGACGGAAUUAAAGGAAGACAAGAAGAAGGAAAGAAAGAAAGUGGAAGUCAAAGAGGAGAAGAAGGAGGAAAAGAAGAAAGAGAAGAAGAAGGAUGAGACGGAAAGUGAUAGUGAAAGCGAGGAAUCCGAAGAGGAAGUUGUUACCAGAACUCUUCGUUGCGUUCCUGGUCUACGGGGUGUUGGUAAGCACUGGGAUCCAAAUGCCUCUAGCAUGGAGUCCGAAGGAGACGUCCUUCCUGAUUCUGAUGAAACCUACGCUCAGGGCAAAGAUACAGAUCCGGUCAAGAAACGCAAAGUCAAACGCAAGGUCAUCAGAAAAGUCAAACCAAAAACCAAAGCGGAAAAGGUCGAAAAGGCCGAUAAACCAAAACCCCCCGCCAAGAAGAUCAAGAAAGAAGUUAAAGCGCUUCUCUCCGAUGCGGAAAAAAUGCAUGAUGACGAGUCCAGUUCCUCAUCCGCCUGUUCCGAAAAGCCUCCCACCAAAUCAAAAACCGAUGAGCCGAAAAAGCGCAAGCGAGAACCCAAGGAAAAGAAAGAGGUGGUGGAAGUGCUGGGCAAGAAGCGAAUGGCGAGUCUAAAUGCAACGGCCAUGCUGGCCGCUACCUAUGAGGUCCAGAGAAUAUUGUAUCGAAAUACGGACUCAGAUUCGGAUAGUCCCGCUGAAAAGCCUAAGCCGAAAAAGGUCAAAGAGCAAAAAGAAACCAAGGAGGUGAAGGAGAAGGACUCUGUCAAGGCGGAGGAGAAGAAGUCUUCGAAGGCAGCGGUGAAAGAAACCAAAAACGAGGGGGAAGUGGAGCAUGCGGAAAAUACUUCCAAAACAGCAGAUAAACCGAAGGAAAAGGAAAAAGAAAAAGAUAAGGACAAAGAGAAGGAGCAUGCUCCGGAGAAGGAAGCGGAGGUACUUCUGACAAUUAAGUCGGAACCGAUGCGUGACAAAAAAGACGACACCUCCGAGGUUAAGUGCGAGCUUGAAGAGCCCCGCCCGGUUUCGAGCAACGUCGUCAUCGCGCAAGACACCGAAGUAACCAUCACCGGGGUGUAUGUUAAUUCCAGCCUGGGGUCGAACCAGGAGGCGUACUGCAAAAUGCAGUACCGCGUGCAGCAGAGUGUCACCGAAGAGCGGCUGGUGCGUCCGGGCGAGGCACCGCCCAAAUCAUACACGCCACUGACGGCCCUCUCCAGCAUGCGGCCUCCCAACGAUCAAGCUCUCUCAACACCACCACUGUUCUGUCCACCGGCUCAGUGCGACUCCCCUCUGGGACUGGUGGGACCACCCAGAGGAUUUUAUCCCCCCUCCACGUCAUCGUCGGGCAGUUCCAGCGCGUUCUGUGCCCCGAUACCCCACGACAGUCCAGGCUACUAUCAACCGGCUGGUCCGUUGAUAUCUCCGCAUCUGCUGGCCCAAGCACCACCAAGCUCUUCCUCGCAGCACAGCGCUAGCAGUAGUACCAUCACCAAACAGCCACCAGAGUCUGACUCACCGGUCCAGUCAUUACCCCAACCGCCUUCCUCGUCAACUGCAGAUAGCACCGACAGCGAUGUCCUGUUAACAGCUGGCGAUUUGUCGUCUCGAUCGCAAUCCUUCGGUCGUUACGGCCCGUCCGGUCCACCGAGCAUAUACUCCCGUCCGGUCCAGAUGCACUGUCCACCGCCGCACCUGGCGCCCAACUACUACGCGGCCCCACCCUACAGCCAGUACCCUCCGGAGAUGUACUACGCCCAUGCGUACCCGCCGGCACACUUCUACCCCAAGUUUGCCCAGUACUACCCAACGAGCCGCCGCUACUAUCCGGGCCAUCCAGGUCCUGGCGAGCACCUGUACGAACAACCGCCACCUACCACGAGUGGCCCAGUGCCACCACCAUCCGGUGCCCAACUGAUUCCGGCCGGACCACAGGGUCCCCAACAUCUGGAACACUAUCCUGGACCACCGCCGUACCCUUAUCCAGGCUACGGUAGUCCUGGUCCCGGGCCCGGUGGGCAGUGUUACCCUCGUAACCUGCAGCCUCCACCGUAUAUGGAUGCACACUACACGACCAAUUGCCCUUGUCCGAUGCAGUCGUGUCCAAAAAACGUCAAUGCUGGGUCCCUUAUUGGUAUCAAGGCCAGUAAGGGCCCAGUAGCCAGCACAACAACCCAAAACAGCCAUCAUAUCGCAAGUGCCGCAGGAGUCCAUUCUGCUGCGCCACAAACUACAGUCAACAAUAACCACGAACCGAUCCUGAUCUCCUCCGGUUCAUCAACAUCUUCUUCUCCGGCUCCACUUGAUCUACAUUCUCCUCCCAUCAUUCAUCCAGCCGAAGUUGCGACGUCGAUAUCCCGCUCCACCCCUACCAGUACCACCUCAACGGCCAGUAUAUCAAGUAUGCAUUCCUCUGUCACGUACACCACCUCAACCUCAACCACAACGACCCCCAGUUCCGCAACCCCAAUCGAGCCACAUGCUCCUAAUCCGGAGAGUGACCAUCACUCGUACAUGUAUUACCCAAACCAUCACCAUUACCAUCACCAUCAUCGUCCAUCGGCACCACCUCCAACGCAUCCGCUCCAACGACUCAGCACGCCCUCGAACCCUCUGCUCACCGAAGUAAAAGCGGAACCCUCCACCCCGACGCUCGAAUCUGAAAGUAAAUCAAUAGGCAACAUUCCAAAGCUACUCCCGCUGACAACUACGGCAGCCACCGUAACCAUGAUCAAGCAAGAGCUUCCGGAGGUCAAACAGGAACCUCCAUCUACUUUCAAGAAAGAGGACUUUGAGGAAACUGGUCCCGCCAUGACACCGGACCUACUCCUCGACGAGGCACUAAUCAAAAAGGAAGGUAUUGUAUCGGAACUACUGCUUCCGACCGACCGUUGCUUCAAAGAAGCUCAACACCUUGACGACAAAAGUCUCCUAUCUGAUAUUCUAACCACGGAUGCUAAUAUUAUAACGAGUAAGACUACCGGUAGUGAUAGUUGUACCAUCAACAGCAAGAACAAUAGUGUUAGUACCAACAACAGUAGUAUUAGUAACGCAAAAGUACAAUUAGUCGAUAAUGUCCAACCUGAAAUUCCGGCCUCGAUGGUUAAACGGAGACCGUUGCUGGUCGCCUGCAAAAAGACCACGCCGAAGAAGUCACCCCCCAAUAGCUAUAAGAAUCUGAUCAAACGUACAAAUUUGGACGACGAAGCUACCAUCACAGUUCUCAGCGACGAUGAAGUGGAGGAAGACGAAGAGGAGCGAACUGCCAAGAAAGAACCUCGGCGAAAGCUAAUGAUGUCCAAACCACGAAAGUUACUAAAGCGAACCCGAAGGGUGUUCGGUGCGGAACAGCUACGUCAUUUAAAGAAGAUCAACAAAACGCUCUUCAAAACCAAACACAUCCGGAGGGUUAUCCAGCGGCCAUCAUGUAUUCCUAAGGAUCCACAGGUGGCAGAAACCAACCCACGAUCGGCAGAAAUUAUCUCAAAAGAUCCCAAAGAAGACUUGUCCACAUCAACCGAAACCCCCCAGCCCAGACCGCAUGAGGAACGACCGCGACCGAUGUCUAACGUCGAACUUACAAUUGAUCUUGUUGCAAAGGGCUACUUUUCUGAACCGGAAAUAGUCUCCGCAGAAUCAGCAGCCAAGUCACGUACGCUUAAGAAGCUAAAGCUGCAAGAAGGACGUUCCCAGUCUGAGCAGAACCGAGGAAAGCGGGAACGGAGCACCGAGGGAAAACGACCUUCAUCCAAGAAGCCCAAAAAAUUGGACCCACUGGAAACCGAUUUUGACAAGCGCAAGAGUAAGAGCAAGUCUAAGAAAAUGAACCCUACCCCGGAGCCUACGGAUGCUCCCAUCAACAGCAAGGACUGCAAGAAAACUUCUAAAUCGAAGUCGCCACCGACGAUAGAAUCGAAUGAGGAAAAACAUAAAAAAGAACCGAAACAAAGCAGCAAGAAGAAAUCCAAUACCAAAGUCCCGAAAGACGGUGGAAUGAAACGUGCUACCUCAACGCCUGUUCCCCCAGCUGCAGAAGCGCCGGUGGAAGUGCAAGAACCCCAACCCCUGCUAGAGGACCCACUUCGCAGCACAACUCCACUGGAUGUGAGCGCGAUCGGUGCCGAGUCCACGAUCGAUGAUCGGGAAACGGACUUCGACGAUGCCACAACGAUGCUGGUGGACGAUGACUUGAUGAGUGUCGACACCACUACGAUGAUCAACCGGCACAACAAUAACAACAACAGCACCGUGGAGAACAAAAACACAUUCGGAGGGGUUGAGAGUGGCCCAGUGCAGGAGGAUACGACAGUGCCAUCCACUUCAACGGCCGUAGCAACGGUGGAAGAUCGGUCAACUGGGCAACACGUUGAUCAGCUACCGGGUGAUGAUGAUGAGGACGACGAGGAUGAUGAGGAGGAGAUCAUGCUUGCCAAGAGAUUUGCCAAAAAGAGUAGUUCACUGAAGAGGACCUCACGCUCGCGAUCCAAGUCGAAAUCGCGGAAGUUCAGCAUCAAAAAGCGACAUCGCGUCCGCAUGACCGCCGAAGUCGAGGAAGUGAUCAUACCAAGGAAAUGCACCGGCGCGCCACGCUGGAGCAAUGGCUGGACCUGGGAGGGACAUCCGUUCCAGGGGAAAGUGUUUUUGAACAGUGACGAUCCUCCGGUGUUACGGACGUGUUAUCCAGCGAUGCGACACUCCGAGGGUGACAUCAUAAGGCCACGGGACUGUGUGCUGCUCAGGGCGGGAAGCAAGCGCGCGGAGUUGCCUUACGUGGCCAAGGUGGCACAUCUGUGGGAAAAUCCGGAAGAUGGGGAAAUGAUGAUGUCGCUUCUGUGGUACUACCGACCGGAACACACGGAGCAGGGGCGACAAUCUGUUGACGGGCCAGAUGAGGUGUUUGCCUCGCGUCACAAGGACCACAACAGCGUAGCAUGCAUCGAAGAUAAGUGCUACGUACUGACAUUCAGCGAGUACUGUAGAUUCCGUCGUCAGCUAAAAGGCUUCGAAGAAGGCAUCGAGGAACAUCCGUCGAUCGUCCCGGCGCUUCGUCGAGAAAAUCCUCGCGUUCCGCCCUCCGUUGUGGCUCCCGAUCUGGUCAUGUACUGUCAGCGUGUAUACGAAUUCCGACUGAAGCGUCUCCUGAAGCAACCCUCCUAGUGUUGGAAACUGGUGGUAGCGCGCCGGCCAAUAAUAGCUCCAAAGGUAGCGCUCGCCACCACGGACCAACACGUUGCAUCGCAGGAAGCAACAGCACCGUUGGGCGCCAAUAUUGUAGCAACAACUGCAGCUCCGUCAACAAUCAAACCACAUAUCCGCAGUUAAACCAGAUCCCUAUACAAAAUAACAACUGCAGAGAUGAUCUUCCUUGACGUGAACGUGAACCAAUGGAACCAAUUUUCUUCAACGGACGAUUGCAACCCAAAUCAUUGCGUCAACUAACAAAACACACACAACCCUUAUGCGUACAUGUUUAGUCGUAAUUGUGGUGUAAAAAUGUACUUUUCGAGAUCUAGUCCAAAGGAGUGUGCGAAGCAAUUCGGAACUAAAAACAAAUUUAACAGUCAACAACAACAUUUUUGUCUAACACAUGCUGGAACAUUUUUAGGGAAAUCCAUGCAUUAGCUGAUUCUCAACAUCUUCAGGCAAUUCCAAAAAAAUGUGAACACACAGCGUUAUCCAAACGUACUUUUUACGAUUAUUUUGCUAUACACUUUUUAUUAUGAUUUUUUGAUUUUAACAUUUUUUGCUAUUGUAUAGUUUCAAGUUUACUAUCCUCAAUUCUUAUAAAACGCUAAUAUAUUUCAACUAUUCUAUUUUUGUUAUCGUUUACAUGGUUAAUAAUAUUAUUUGUAAAUAAACUUUAGUUGUUUAUAACUCAAAGAAAGCAUUAGGCAGAAAGAAGCGAAAUCAAAAUCUAUUCUAAAGGAUACAGUCACUAGUAAGCAAAACGCAACACUAAAACUUUUGAGCCGUAUUUAUUGUUAGCAAAGUGGACAAAAUAGAGCAACAGGAUUAUAGAACUAAUUCAAAGUCAAACGAGAAAAGCAUCAUACUAGAAUAAUGCUUAACAAGCAUAACAGAGACAAGAUUUCAAAGUUUUGCUUAUUGAUUAACAAUAGAGAUAGAUUGUUUGCAUUUGUUUCUAGUAAGCUGCACACAAACACACAGAAAGUGCCAAUCGUCACAGCAACGAUCAUUUCCAUUGAAUUGCACACACACUUUUGUUGAUGGCAUAUUUUGAUAUUUCAAAAAAGUACAAGCCUGAUAUUAUUGAAUUUGUUGAAAAUUACAAGAGAAAGCAUUUGUUUACUGGAAAAGUUGUUAAACUUAACAUAUAAUAGGUUGAGUAUUGAAUAAUAACAAAGCGAAAUUAUGAAUUGCAUGCCACAUGAUCCAUAAGCUAAGCAAAAACAUAUGCAAAAGCUUCAAAGUAAUAGUCAUUGUACUGCUUUUUGUGCGUAAAAGUUAAAAUAUAGUAACAGUAAAAAAGGUAAUUCAACUCUGAAUUUGCCAAAUCUUUUGUUAGUUUAAUUGAAAUAAUCAGCAAAUCAAUAAUUGAAACAGUUGAACAAAAACAGAAGAAAAAUACCUAUAGUUAAUACGAAUUAAAUCAAUCUUCACAAACAAUUUUAGUCUGAUAAAGCGCAUAAUUACACAUACAUUAGACACAUAUGCCGUAUACAAAAACACUAAUUGUUAUCGCUACUACCAGGUAAUGAGUAUCCAGUACCUUAUAAUUUGAAUUGCGUGCAGAAGGUUAGAGACCACUUCAAAAAAUGGAAAAGUGGAUAUCCAAGUAUAUGAAAAGUAUGCAUAAUUAUUAUUAUUAUUAUUAUAUAUGGAAAAUCAAACAAGAAUAUAUAUACAAUUAUACACUAUAAAAGAAACAAGUGUAAGUAGAAUAGGUUAAAGUAACAAACAAUUCAAACGGAACGAUACAAUCCUCUCUGAAGCAGCGCCAGUUAAUGGCUGGCACUGUCAUCCCCAUUCUUAGUGUUUGAUUUCUGUCACCCUUUGCGAUAAUUGUUGUAGAGAUGUUUUUAAAUACUUCAUAAAUUGCUAUUAAUUUUCUAACCUGUUUAUCAGAACCUGUCAACCGUGAAAAAUAAAACUAGAGAUGAAAAAUAUUCACAUAAAGUUGGAAUCUAGGAACUUAGACCAUGGCUAAUAAUGAGCAUCAAAGUUUGGAAUACAAUGUUUGGAAUGAUUAGGAAGCUACCCGGAAAUAACGUAAUAGAAAUCAUAAUCUACAUCACGCACAUAAAUACAGAAAUAUGAAAGAAAACAUGAACAAAUUCUUUACUGCACAAUUUUCCCCAAUCCUAAGCUUUUAAGAGCAAUAGAUUAUUAGUUCGUACCGCGAGUUUAUAAGUUUACAUCGAUUACAUUCUCCUCUCAGUGACGUAGUUUUAAUUGUAAUUCUACUGUACCAUAUAGGUUAAGCGGUCAGGUUGAUUCAUUUGCUAUGUAAAAGGUAUUUUAAGUAUACAGCUCAGUGACGUCCCCAUUACCUGGUUUCCUCUUACAAUAUCUACUUUGCAUAAGUUUUUGUAUGAUAACCCAUCUAUGAUUAGGUAACACAAUAAGUUUUCUGUAAAAUAAAUACUGGACAUACUAACUUGCAAUUUGUUAAAAAAUGCCAAGUAUGGAGAAAGGAAAAUUCUACAACAGAAUACACUACUGACACAGCAAAACGAUUAUAAAGAACCGUGUUUACUUACGAAAGGAGUCCGGUAAGUGAGUAAAAAUAUUAUGAACUCUUAUCAGGCAAUUGGCUCUGGCUGCUAUAUAAGCCACAACUUGUCGAGAAAACGACGCAAAAAGGAUAAAUUGGAAGACACACAUUCAUACACACGUACAUACAAGAAUUAUGUGGCAAAGAUAAUUGAAAAAAAAAACCAUGAGCAAAAUUAGA